AUGCCUGUUCAUUCCCUCAUCUCCAAUGACAAGCUUUCCUUCUUCUGUGAAGUGAAAGUAGCACAAGAUCCCACCAAUCAUUCCAGCCAGAAUAUUAGGAAGCUGGUUAAGGUUCCUGAGGGCUGCUUGGCAGAGGAUCUAGGAGGACUGUGGGAGCGAUCCCAGCUCUCAGACUGUUGCUUGUGUGUGGCUGGCCAGGAAUUCCAGGCUCACAAAGCCAUCUUAGCAGCUCGCUCUCCAGUUUUCAUGGCGUUGUUGGAACAUGAAAAGCAAGGAAGCAAAAAGAAUCGUGUUGAAAUCAGUGACAUGGAUCCUGAAGUUUUUAAGGAAAUGAUAUACUUUAUGUACACUGGAAAGGCACCAAACCUAGGGAUCAUGGCAACUGAACUGCUGGAGGCUGCAAGCAGGUUUGGUCUGGAGCGCCUGAAGCUCAUGUGUGAGAACCACCUGUGCAGCAACCUCUCUGUGGAGAAUGCCGUGGAAAUCCUCAUCUUGGCUGACCUCCACAGUGCACAUCAGUUGAAAACCCGGACACUGGAUUUCAUCAAUUUUCAUGUUUCUGACAUCCUGGAGACCUCUGAGUGGAAGGCCAUGGUGGUGUCCCACACUCACUUGGUGGCCGAAGCCUAUCACUCUCUGGUUUCCACG